AUGACAAAAGAUAACCAGACAACACCGGUUUCAUUGAGCAACAAUAGUAUUAAAAAUUGGCAUAUCCCUGACAUCGAAGUCCCUAACUACUCAAGACAGGGAGUUAAACAAGGGAUUGUCCAUUUAGGUGUGGGUGGUUUUCACCGCUCUCAUUUGGCACUGUAUAUGCACCGAUUAAUGCAGCAGCAUAACACCAAAGAUUGGUCAAUCUGUGGGGUGGGCUUGAUAAAACCUGAUGCAAUCAUGCGUGACGACCUAAACAGUCAGGAUUGCUUAUACACCUUGUUGGAACGUGGGAUAGACAAAAGUACAACGCGUGUGAUAGGAUCAAUUACCUCUUACAUGUAUGCACCUGAAAAUCCAAGAGCUGUUAUUGAGAAAAUGGCUAAUCCCGAUACACGCAUCGUGUCUUUGACAGUUACGGAAAGUGGCUACUAUCAUAGUGAAGCAACGGCUUCUUUGCAAACAGAAGACCCUGCAAUUGCCAACGAUUUAAAGAAUCCCGACACUCCUUGUACCAUAUAUGGCUAUUUGUACGAAGCUUUGUUAAUCCGCUACAAUAAAGGGCUUGCUCCAUUCACUGUAAUGUCCUGUGACAAUAUGCCGGAAAAUGGUAAAACGUUGAAAUCCAUGUUGAUCGCUUUUGCAAAACUCAAGAAUUCAAAAGUAGCAAGUUGGAUUUCCAGUGAAGUGGCAUCACCUAACGCUAUGGUAGAUCGUGUCACUCCUAAGACGACUGAUGAUGAUCGGGAAUACUUGGCAAAAAUCUUGGGGAUAAAGGACAAAUGUCCUGUCGUUUGUGAACCAUUUAUCCAAUGGGUUCUUGAGGAUCAUUUUCCACAGGGCCGUCCCGACUGGGAGAAAGUUGGCGUUCAAGUUGUUUCGAAUGUUGAGCCUUAUGAAUUGAUGAAAUUGCGCUUGUUAAAUGGGGCCCAUUCUGAAAUGGGGUAUCUAGGCUAUUUAGCAGGCUACCAGUAUAUCCAUGAGGUUGUGACUGAUCCUUUAAUCAACAGAUACAUUCGUAUUAUGAACCGCGAAGAAGUCAUUCCUUUGCUUCCAAAAAUUGAGGGUGUUGAUUUUGGUGAAUAUUCUCUAUCGGUUCUAGAAAGAUUCUCCAAUCCAGCAAUCAAAGAUCAAGUUUCUCGUAUAUGUUUAAUGGGUUCUGGUAAAAUGCCAAAAUACGUCUUGCCUUCAAUUUCUGAACAGCUUGCUAAGCCUGAUGGUAAGUUCGAUCUCUUAACUUUAGGGGUUGCUGGAUGGUUCCGUUAUCUCAGAGGUGUCGACAUGGUCGGAAAAGAGUUUGAAAUUGAGGAUGUGAUGGCAUCAACCUUGAAAGAAGCAGCUAAUAAAGGUUGUGACGAUCCCGCAUCUUUGUUAGGAAUUGAAACACUGUUUGGAGAUGAUUUGAGAAACAAUAAGGCAUUUGUAGACCAGCUAACAAAUGAUAUGAAGCUAAUUUCAAAUAAAGGACCUUUGGAAGCUGUUAGAGCACGCUUGCUUGCAUACAAGGACUGA